UACUCUAGGGGUUAUUUCCAAUCAGUGGUUAUCAUUAUAGAUGUAAAACAAAUUGUCGUGUGCUUAUUGUGUAAAUAUUGCGGUAGUGCGGUGCAGUUUAAGAACCCAUGGCUAACGCCGGACUAGUUUUUGUUGUGCAAACAUAAUAUAAUAUGAUGUCCGUGUGCAUCUCGUGACCGUCGGCCCUCGUCAAUCGUCAUUCUUUGCCUACCGUUCGUAGCCUUACUACAUUGACCGCUCCCACCCGACACGCAUUUGAUUUAGUAUUUCGCUGGUGAUUUUAUAUUGCUUGAAAAAACCACCACGAUUCAGAUGCAUUUGCGCAGUAAGACAUUCUGCAGGAUUUGUCUUGUGGAGCCGAAGUCCAACAAACACUUGAUGUUGCUAAACAUUUUUAAAUCUGCUAUUAGAGAUAUACCAUUGACACAACAUUUGAAAGAUCUAUUAGGAAUGGAAAUAAGCUCAAAAGAUAUUAAGCCAAAGACGAUAUGCGGGAAGUGUUUUAUAAAAGUGGCUGAUUUGUAUGAAAAAAAACAAAAUGCGGCCGAUUCUAAAAAAACUAUUAAUUACAUUGUUUCAAAGGAAUCUAAAACAGCAAAUAAAAAGUCAUUCAACAACACGAAAUUAAAAUCAACUCCAAUAAUAGACGAAACAAAAUUAUUACCUGUUAAGAAUAAUACUUUAAAUAAUUUAUUUUAUAUUUAUUUUGUAUUUUUAUUGUUUUUUUUCUUUUUAAUUUUGUAUAUUUUAACAUUUCUCAUUUAAUAUAAC